GAAAGUUCCGCCUGGGUUUAGUUUCCACCCGGAUGGUUUAAGCAGCGCACAGCUUCAGAUGUGACUUUUAGAUUCUUGAAAUCUCAACCAGUUAAAGAUGCUCCCCAACUCAUAAAGCUAUAAAUCUCCUUGGAUUAUCCAUCAUGCUGUAUGUUUCAGUGGCGGCAGUGUGGAGAUCCUCACACUCCUGUGUUCACUGCAGAUCUGGUAUCUGGUCAUUGGGAGAUGUCGCCCGUAGAGCUUUCACGUCCUCGGUUCUCAGAACCAGACAGAAGGUCAGUCCUGUGUUCUCUAAAGCUCUGGAUUACGGAGAGAAGGUGGCCAUUAUUGACCACAGUGGAGAACACAGCUACAGCUCGCUUUACAACACCAGCAGAAGCUUAGCAGGGCACAUUAGCCAAGCUCUAGCCUGCGAGUCUGGAGAUUUGCAGGGCAAGCGUAUCUCCUUCCUGUGUGCCAAUGACGCGUCGUACACAGUGGCCCAGUGGGCAGCCUGGAUGUGCGGGGGUAUGGCCGUGCCACUCUACAGGAAACACCCCCCGGCUGAGCUGGAGUACAUCAUAUCUGACUCCCAGAGCUCCCUGCUCCUGGCUGGACAGCCUUACGGAGAAGCUCUGGAGCCUCUAGCCCAGAAACUGGGCCUGCCCUGCCUCCAUCUGCCCCCGACCUCCAGCCUGGACAGCCUGCAGGCAGCAGAACCCCCAGCCCAGCCUACCAAGACCCUGUCGGACUGGGCAGAACGACCCGCCAUGCUCGUCUACACCAGCGGCACCACCGGGAGACCGAAGGGAGUCCUCCACACACACAGCACCCUGCAGGCCAUGGUGCAGGGUCUGGUGAGCGAGUGGGGCUGGAGCAGAGAUGAUGUAAUUCUGCACACUCUACCCCUCCACCACGUUCACGGCAUCGUGAAUAAGCUCCUGUGCCCGCUGUGGGUGGGGGCUACCUGCAUCAUGCUGCCGGAUUUUGAUGCUAAGAAGGUGUGGGAGAGGUUGCUGAGUUCUAAAACUCCAGUGGUCUCUGUGUUCAUGGCUGUUCCAACAAUCUACUCUAAACUGAUCCAGCACUACGAGCAGCACUUCACCACGCCCCGCGUCCAGGACUUCAUCAGGGCUGUGUGUAAAGAGAAGAUCAGGCUGAUGGUGUCUGGCUCAGCUGCUCUUCCUCAGCCGGUUCUGAGACGCUGGAAGGAAAUCACGAGUCACGUGUUGCUGGAGCGAUACGGCAUGACUGAGAUUGGCAUGGCGCUGUCCAACCCGCUAAAUGGUCCCCGCAUACCUGGUGCAGUGGGCACUCCGCUCCCUGGAGUUGAAGUGUGUAUUGUGAUGAACGACACCACCAUCGUCAGGAGCACCAACAAGGAGACCCAGGUGAUUGCUGGUUUAGAGGGAAGGGCGGGGGAGCUGAUGGUUCGUGGGUCAUCUGUGUUUCAGAAGUAUUGGAACAGGCCUCAGGAGACAGGGGAGAGCUUCACAGAGGAUGGCUGGUUCAAAACAGGAGACACUGCAACUUAUAAAGAUGGAGUCUACUGGAUCAUGGGACGCACUUCAGUGGACAUCAUCAAGAGCGGAGGCUACAAGAUCAGCGCCCUCGAAGUGGAGCGCCACCUAGUGGCUCACCCUGAUAUCACCGACGUGGCGGUCAUCGGAGCACGGGACGCCACCUGGGGGCAGAAGGUGGUUGCUGUGGUGCAGCUGCAGAAAGGCAAAACUCUCACUCUUCCUGAGCUGAAGGCCUGGGCCAGAGAGCACAUGGCCCCCUACACCAUCCCCAUGGAUCUGAUCGUGGUGAAGGACAUGCCCAGAAAUCAGAUGGGGAAGGUGAAUAAGAAGGACCUGCUGCAUCAGUUCUUCCCCAGCUGAGGACUCGCUGCUCUGGGAUCAGCUCUGAGGGAAGCGCUCAGAGCCUGGGAUGGAGAUGGAGGCAGAAGAACUCAUCCUGGAUCAGCUUUUAAAGUCCAACACCUGCAGAAGUUCUACAGCUCAGAGUUCUUCAUGCUCCAGGAUAAUCAGAGGGAAUAAAUCACACUGGAUUAAGCCCAUUCUUAAUUCAGUCCAUUUACACAGUGUUCCAGGUGAAGACAUUAACGCAGUUGGAAGUUCCUUUGUGUGGUUUCUCACUGGAGCUUCAGUGUUAAUUAAGUAGAAGUACAAAUAGGAUGCUGGGUAAUAUCUGAAGGUAUAGGGUGAUUUAUUGUGAUUUAUUGAGGAAUGAUCAUUCAUUAAGUCAUUAAGAAUCUAAGGAUAACACUUUGAUUUGAGUUAAUGAUUAAUUGAGUCACUGUUUUAACAGUAAAUAUGUUAAAGUAAAUCUAAAGUAUUAUAAAGGUAAAUAUAGCCUUUAACUCAGUGAUUCCUACAGUGCUGUUGAAUCACCUGCACUGAUUUCAGUGCUUUUCCUGAUUUAUCAGGUGAUUGAAGGGUUAAAGUUUCUUAUUCUGAUUAAAUUGAACACAGACUGAUUGCAGGCGAUACAACUGCAUUAACAUUAAAAUAAUUUACAUGAAAUUUCAAAGACAUGAAGGUUUCAAAAAGGGAUAAUAUGUGAUGCUCUAAAACAGGGUUCGGCAAGAGGUGGCCCGCAGCAUGAAACUAUAAUGAACAAUCAUACAAAAAAUAAAUAAAUAAAAAGCU